GUCGUCUCGCUCGCUCUCUGUGUUUCCGCGUGUGCUUUCCUCAAAAAGGAGAUGGGAAACUUCGUCUCCGACGACCAAACUUGCUUUCCUCCCUUUAUAGCGACUCUGUGGAACGUGAACACAAGCUGCAUCAUCACUCCAUACCAGACAGAGGGGGAGAGAGAGAAAGAGACGAAAUGCUCCUCCAAUGGCAGCGCCACGUAUGCCGUCAUCUUUCGCCCCACGAGAAGAAGAAAACAAAGUGAUCCCAUAAACAGCCGGAACUGUUGAUUUCCACCAACAAUCCCCAACAUCGCUAGCAAAAUAGUUCUUCCCUUGCUGUUCUUCUUCUUCUCCUUCUUCUUCCUGGUGGUGGUGGAGUUAAUUGGUGUCUGUGAGGGAUGAUGGAGGAGCAGCCGCAGCAGCAGAGGACGCUGAAGGAGACCCUCGAUGUGGCGCUCUUCUUAGCCGGGCGCAUCCGCAAGGCCGUGGAGGAGGCGGGCUCCUUCAAGCAGGAGUGCUACGAGGUGCUCCGUCUUGUUGAUUCUCUUGCGGACAUGCUGCGGUCGGCCGCCCAGUUGCCGCCGGCGGCCGUGUACGAGCGCCCAAUGCGCCGAAUCGUGAUGGAAGUCAUCAAGAACCUCGACCGGGCCCUCGCCCUGGUGCGCAAGUGCAAAGGCAGCUUCUUCCUGAUGCGGCUCAUAACCAUCACGAACGUCGCCGACUUCCGCAAGGUAUCGACCAUUCUCGAAAACUCCAACGGCGACAUGGAGUGGCUGCUUGACGUCUGCAAGGUGUCGUCCUCCUCCUCCGGCUGCGGCCUCAGCCUCCCGCCCAUCGCUAGCACCGACCCCAUCCUCUCCUGGGUUUGGAGCUAUAUCGCCCUCGUCCAGAACGGCUGCCUGGACGAUCGGAUUGACGCCGCCAACGGCCUCGCCUCACUAGCUGCAGACAACGCCCGCAACGGUAAGAUAAUCAUCGAGGAAGGUGGAGUUGCCCCUUUGUUGAAGCUAUUGAAGGAUGGUGGUGCUCUGCCCGACGCUCAGCUCGCCGCUGCGAGGGCCAUCGCCAGUCUGGCGACCAACCCUGAGCGUGUACGGCAGAUUGCGGAAGAGCGCGCGGUACCCACAAUCGUUCAGUGCCUCUAUAGCUCGCCAGUGGCGGUCCAGGUGGUGGUGGCGUCGCUCGUGGCGGAGAUGGCCGCACAUGAAUCCUCGACUAGGGAUGAGUUUGCGAGGGAAAAUGCGAUCAGGCCGCUGGUGCUGGUGCUCUCCUCGGGGAUGGAGGAGGAUGUGAGCGUUUCGAAGCCGACCAACAUGCAUUCGCUAGUACAGUCGAGUAUCAGGGUGAGCAAGGAAAAAGGGAUAGCGGCGGGCAGGCGGCCCUACGACGGCGGCAAGUUGGCGAAUUUGGAGCAGGAGGACCCGGCUGUGAGGGCCGAGCUGAUGGUCAAUUGCUCUAGGGCAAUGUGGAUGCUGGCCAGGGGGAGCGACGCAAAUAGCCGCAGGAUAACGGAGACCAGAGGGUUGAUGUGCUUGGCGAAGAUCAUCGAGAAGGAGCAAGGAGAAUUUCAGUACAACUGCUUGAUGGCUGUCAGCGAGAUUGCAGCUGCCGCCGAGGCGAACGCAGACCUCCGGCGGGCCACUUUCAAGACGAAUUCCCCUGCUGCCAAAGCAGUGGUAGACCAACUUAUCAGAUUGACACAAGACGGCAGUCCGUUGCUUCAAAGUCCAGCCAUGAAGUCGAUCGGCUCCUUGUCUCGGACCUUCCCUGCUCGAGAAACUCGCGUUCGUAGGCCUCUCGUGAACAAUUUGUCUCAUAAGGAUACGAGUGUGGUGGCUGAGGCCGCAUCUGCAUUGGGGAAGUUCGCAAACCCAGAAAAUUUCCUUUGCGUAGAGCACUCUAAGGCCAUUAUCGAGUUUGGAGCGGUCCCCCUUCUCGGGAGACUAUUGAAAUCAGGUGAAAAGGUACAGACGGCUGCCGUUGUUCUUCUCUGUUAUUUGGCCAUACAUGUUAGCAACAGUGAGGAAUUGAAGCAGGCCGAUGCGUUGGGCGGAUUAAAGUCGCAGUCAUCUCAUCAUCCUUUCCAUAGGGAAUUGAUUCAUAAGGCCAUUUACCAACUUGAACUCUACAAAGGUGGAAAUAAUAAUCAUAUUCAAACGCAUGACAGAUGAAUCGAUCAACGGAACCAGUUUUUGAUAAGUCUGCAAGAGGUUUGAGGCGUACCCAAUGCCACUGCUUUCGGAGUUCCCUUUGGCACAACCCGAUUGACUCAAUGGUGUUCUUUUAUUUAAGCAGAAUCCUCUGAGUCUUUGGUUGGAAAUCUGGAGAAGAAAUGUUUUCCUUGUCACCUCUCUAGGGGAGAUUGUUCCAUUUCAACGGAAAUGCUGGAUUUGGAGAGUACUGCUUCUCUCUAGCAAAAUGGGUCCAGUUUGUAAAGCUUGUUAAUGAUUGAAAGUCAAACAGUCACCUGUAUUUAUUAUGCUUUUCAUUCUUGACAGUGAGACCCAUGUUUUCUGGUUGAUGAUGCUGGUGCGCACCUUUUCUUACCAAAAUCAACUUCCUGCUUUUACUGUGAAAACAGUGCAUCAUCUUGUAACAUUUGCAUUAUCCGCCCAUAUGCAAAGUUGGUCUAACCUCAGGUCCUUGUUUGCUGACGAGGAGGAAAUAAAGGAAGCCGGUUUCAUGUUAUGACUA